GGCAAAAGUUGGCCGGCAUUGGCAGCCCAAGCACUCCACUUGCCAGGAUCCAACUUCCAAGUCAGGAUUCGUCUAAAUUCAGUUGAACUUCCGAGUUGCUGAUCGCCUUCUGCUCUGCUCAGCAGAGGCGCUCCAACAAUGGCCUUCUCUGCGGUGGCAAGCGGAUUGACCUCUGCAGCAGCUUCAUGCCUGCCCCUCUCUGGUUCUGCAUCUGCUCAUGAGCAGGUGGUAGCUUCUCCCAAGUCUGCAUUCUUGUCUGGCAGCACACCUAGAUCUGGGACCGCCUUGCUUGAAAAAGCAAUUGUGGCACAUACUCCGUUGCAAAGGAGUGCACGCCAAGGACGAAGAGCGGGCGCAAUCAGAGCUGUAGCUGCUGGACCGAAGAAGACUGAGGAUGUUCCUGCAGCUGCCAACCCAGCUUCGGACGAGGCAUUCAAGGUCGCAUCCAACAUCAAGUAUCACGCAACGUACACUCCCGCCUACAAUCCUCUCAAGUUUGACAUCCCGCAAGCCUACAGAGCAACGGCCCAGAGCCUCCGUGACACUCUGAUCCAAAGAUGGAACGACACAUACGCCCUCUUCCAGGAGAAGGAUCCCAAGCAAACGUACUACCUGUCCAUGGAGUUCUUGCAGGGCCGGGCCUUGUUGAAUGCGGUGGGGAACCUGGGUGUGACUGGUGCCUAUGCCACAGCCCUGACCAAGCUGGGGGUUUCCCUGGAGGAGGUGGCGGAUGCUGAGCCUGAUGCGGCCUUGGGCAAUGGCGGGCUGGGCCGCCUUGCCUCAUGCUUCCUUGACUCUAUGGCCACCCUGAACUACCCUGCCUGGGGCUAUGGCCUGCGCUACAAGUACGGCCUCUUCCACCAGAAUAUCACUGAGAAGGGCCAGGAGGAGGUGGCAGAAAGGUGGCUCGAGAAGGGCAACCCUUGGGAGAUCCCCCGCCACGACGUGUCGCACACCGUGCGCUUCUUUGGCAGCGUUGAGGAGGGCGCUGAUGGCAAGCUGGCCUGGGUUGGGGGUGAGACAGUGGAGGCUGUGGCGUACGACGUGCCCAUCCCCGGGUACCGCACCAAGAACGUCAUCAGCCUGCGCCUCUGGCAGGCCACGGCGCCGGCACCAGACUUUGACCUUUAUGCCUUCAACGCUGGAGAGCACGACAAGGCAGCGCACGCCCAGAUCAAGGCAGAGGAAAUCAACCUGGUGCUGUACCCCGGGGACGCCACUGUGGAGGGCAAGCUGCUGCGGCUGAAGCAGCAGUAUACGCUGGUGAGUGCCAGCCUGCAGGACAUCUUGGCCACAUUCAAGAGUCGUGGUGGUCGCGACGACGGCCCCAUCGACUGGAACCUGCUGCCAGAGAAGGUGGCUGUACAGAUGAACGACACGCACCCCACGCUCGUCAUCCCUGAGCUCAUCCGCCUGCUCAUGGACCAAGAGGGGCUCGAGUGGGACCAGGCGUGGGGCAUCACCAAGAGAGUUGCGGCCUACACCAACCACACCGUGUUGCCUGAAGCCCUGGAGAAGUGGCCCCUCUCCCUGAUCAGCGAGAUGCUGCCUCGCCACGUUUCCAUCAUUGCACGCAUUGACGAUGAGUUCAUUGAGGAGUACAAGAAGGCCAACUCCAAGCUGGACGCAGAGACACUCUAUGCUGAGAUUGCCUCGCUGCGCAUUCUGGAGAACGUCGAGGUGCCGGGAGCUCCCAAGAAGGCCGAGCCGGUCAAGGAGAUCAAGGCCAAGGCCGAGAAGAGCUCCAAGGAGGAGGAGGAGGACGAGGCGGCAGAGCCCGUCCCCGCCCCCCCGCCGCCCGCCCCGCUCAUUCACAGCGAGAUUGUCAAGGAUGAUGUGUUCAACGGCUUCUACAAGCUGUGGCCCGACAAGUUCCAGAACAAGACCAACGGUGUGACCCCGCGCCGCUGGCUGGCCUUCUGCAACCCGGAGCUGAGCGCCGUCAUCACCAAGUGGCUCGGCUCCGACGACUGGAUUGCCGACCUCGACCGCCUGGAGGAGCUCCGCAAGUAUGCGGACGACCCGAAGCUGCAGGAGGAGUGGACGGCGGCCAAGGUGGCGCAGAAGCGCAAGCUGACGGCGUGGCUGGCAGAGACGACGGGCGUGACGGUGAACCCGGAGUCCAUGUUCGACAUCCAGGUGAAGCGCAUCCACGAGUACAAGCGGCAGCUGCUCAACAUCCUGGGGGUCAUCUACAAGUACAAGAAGCUCAAGGAGAUGCCCGCCCAGGAGAGGAACAAGACGGUGCCGCGCGUGGUGAUGUUCGGCGGCAAGGCGUUUGCGACGUACUGGCAGGCCAAGCGCAUUGUGAAGCUGAUUACGGACGUGGGCCGCGUCGUCAACAGCGACCCCGACAUCGGCGACCUGCUCAAGGUCGUGUUCGUGCCCAACUACAACGUCACUGUCGCAGAGAAGCUCAUCCCCGCGGCAGAGCUCUCGCAGCACAUCAGCACUGCGGGCAUGGAGGCGAGCGGCACGAGCAACAUGAAGUUCGCGCUCAACGGGUGUCUCAUCAUCGGCACGCUGGACGGCGCCAACGUGGAGAUCCGGGAGGAGAUUGGCGAGGACAACUUCUUCUUGUUCGGCCGAUACGCGCACGAGAUCAAGGGCCUGCGCCAGGACCGGGCCGAGGGCAAGUUCGAGCCGGACCCGCGCUUCGAGGAGGCCAAGGCGUUCAUCCGCGCGGGCACGUUCGGUGACUACGACUACGAGCCGCUGCUGGACAGCCUGGAGGGCAACGAGGGCUUCGGCCGCGGCGACUACUUCCUCGUCGGCGUCGACUUCGCCUCCUACCUCGAGGCUCAAAAGGAGGUGGAUGCCGCCUACCAGGACAAAGCAGGCUGGGCCAGAAAGUCGAUUCUCUCCACCGCAGGCAGCGGCAAAUUUUCAUCGGAUCGUACGAUUCGUCAGUAUGCUGACGAGAUCUGGAAGAUCAAGCCAUUGCCAGUGCAAUAA